AUAUCAUCUUAGUUACCCAUCGCCGGAGAUGGGGACAUGGCCAGCAUUGCUAACCUAAUGAUUGACCUCCUACGCCGGGAAAUAUAGUGGUCGGCGAUUUCUAUAUGCUCUGCAAGCUUAUAACGUAUCUGCAUGCAACGUUUUUAUUACGUACGAUGUCGGGGCCAACAAAAUAAAGGAGGAGGAAUUCAAUACCUUCCCAACUAUCAAGAACAAGGUAGCAGCUCAGCUAACGUGAUGAGCCUGCUUAUAAUAAGCUUUCAAUUAUGAUAUAUACAAUACAACCCUCCAGCAGCCUUUUCUCACUCUAGCUCUUCCUAGUUAGCUUCCCGAGAAGAAGGUGGCGGUGGAGGCGGCGGAGGCGGCGGAAUAAUGACAGCUUGCCCUUCGUGUGGCAAUCCAAUCAUGUUGGAAAAUCAUCAUCGACAACGGGCGGUAGGGAUUCAACAGCUGCAACCGGGGUUGCCUGCUGGGGUGAAGUUUGAUCCAACCGAUCAAGAGAUUCUUGAACAUUUGGAGGCUAAGGUGAGGUUGGAUGCUCACCCUCUCAUUGACGAGUUCAUCCAUACUCUUGAUGGUGAAGAUGGAAUUUGUUGCACCCAUCCAGUUAAAUUGCCAGGAGUCACCAAAGAUGGUUUAGUUCGGCACUUUUUCCAUAGACCAUCCAAGGCUUAUACUACUGGCACGAGAAAGAGAAGAAAAGUGCAGACAGAGGCCGAUGGGAGUGAAACACGGUGGCACAAAACCGGUAAGACUAGACCAGUAUUGGUGAAAGGCAGGAUGAAAGGGUACAAGAAAAUAUUGGUGUUGUAUACAAAUUAUGGAAAGCAACGAAAACCCGAGAAAACCAAUUGGGUGAUGCAUCAAUACCACCUAGGAGAUGACGAAGAUGAGAAAGAAGGAGAGCUUGUUGCAUCAAAGAUUUUCUACCAAACACAACCUAGGCAAUGUAGUGGUUCCAUCAGUAAGGAUUCUCUUCUACCUCUGGGCAUGGCUAAUGAGGGCCACGAAGCUGCCGGACGAAAUGGCUCUAAUUUUAGGGAGGCAACAAUGGUGGAAUCAUUCAAUCCAACUCUUAUAUCAUUUGGUCAAUAUAACCAUGAUCACACAACUGCUAGACUCCUACCAAGUUUUAAUAUCCAUGACACUCCUUUUAUUCCCUGAUAACAAAACAGCCUAAGAAGAUCAAUUUGAUAGCAGUAUAUGCAGAUGAUUUGGUCUUCAAGCUAAGUUAACAUAGCUUGAAUAUAUUUACUUACUGGGGUUAUAAGCUAGCUGGGAUAGAGUUAAGAGUAAGGGCACAACAGAUUUAGCUUCUAAUGUUGGAGUGAAGCCUCUUCCUCUGCCUCUGCUGACAACAUAAAGGAGAGUUUUUGUAGAACAUGCGGUAAGCUUCAUGUUAAGGCCAGGUCAUAACAUGUGUGCACUCCUGAGAAGUAAUGUCAUCUUCUAAUAUGGCAUUAUCUUGUUACUACAAUUCCCAGUAGAAAACAAUUAUCAAUGCAAUGAUUGUCAAUGACAAGGGUGUAAUGGCUACGUGAGGUGCAUAAAAGAAGUACAUGGAGAUGUGUAAAGAUGCUAACUGAUGGGUUGUGUGUAAAGAUGCACAAGAAGAAGAAGAAUGUGAAGAUCCAUAAUAGAUAAAUGUAGCAAAUUGAAAUAAUAGCAAAUUAUAUUUUGUUUCUUUUUGUUGCACUAUAUGUGUUGCUUUUUGUUUCAUCUUGUUGUUUUUUGUUGGAUUAUGUUUCUUGUUGAAGAUUCUGAUAUUUGUUGUUUGUUUACAUUUUCUAUUUAUUUUUGUUACAUAUUUGAAAUAUAAACCAUAUACGUAGUAUAUGUGUGUAUCAGCAAAAUUCGCAAAUUGGAC